AUGGCAGUGCCCCAAUCUAGUCGCGUAUCGGAGCAGCAGCUAUUUCACGGAGCUGCUGCUGCUGCCACUGCCACUGCCAUAGAGGAGGCGGAGGCGGAUAGCGUGGAAUACUUGCCACCGUGCAACGGUGCAGAUGCGCGAUACAUCGAGGUGGCAAAUGAACGAGCCUUCUCCGCGCUUCAAAUUCACAGUCGAGGCGCAAACGAAGGCCGCACCUUUUUUGAGCAGCCGAGAUCGGAGCUUAACUCCCCGCUGCUCGCACCGUAUCAGCCACUGCUGCAACAGCAGCACACCCGACGAGACAACGCCACCGCUGCCACGCUGACACCGGUGCGUACGUCCCUCUCGAGUACUCCGACGCCACCGCACGUGCAUACCCCCCUCCACAGCACUUCGUACGGCAGCAACUACUACAACCGCAUACUGUCCAACGCCUUGCUCGGUGGAGCGGAGGGGCGCACGAACGUGUACUCGUUUCCCGCCGCUUUCAGCACACCACCAGCGCGGGUGCAACGCGCGAGGUCACGGAGUGAGACCGGCGAAGCAGCGGCCGCCGCUGAUGAUCAUCAUGGGACUGACGAGAGGGCCUUCGCAGCAGUGCCGGUAGCGCAGGCGAUACAAGAUGAGUUCACGAAGGAAUCCAUACAGAGCGGCACAGUCGAUGCUUUUGCAGUUCACGUGAAGCAGUUAACGUACACAAAGUGCAUUGAUGAGGCUGACAGCUCGAUUGUCUCGCUGUGCUCAACGCCGCACCCCUUCACCUUAGGCGACAGCAAAGAGGAGGUCGAAGACGAGGACACGGCAGAAGGUGCACCGACUCGCGCACGGCUCCUUCGCGUCAGUGAGCAUCAGCCACCGCCGCGUCCUAGCGGCGCGGGCGGACAACGGCGCUCGGCGACGUCACUCAACGGUCAGACACCGUCCGUCACCUCACCGGUCAUAUAUUUUCAAGGCGCGCCCUCCAUGUCGACCGCGGCGAACUCGUCGGCGUCGCGCCUCCGUUUCCAAGAAGGCGUCGACAGUGCUGCCAUCUUCGACGGUGUGGGGGACACCACCCACCCCGCCAACGCACGCCAGCGCUCCCGCACACGUCACACGCAGCCGAUGCGCACCGCGGGCGUCGUGCGACACGCUUCUCUUUCUCCUGUGAUGGCGGCAUGCCCGCCGGGGCACGUGGGGUCUACUUUCUCGUUGGAUCUGGAUGCCACAUCGGUGCAGGGCGACGCGUUGCUGUGCGCUCCCCAUGACCGUGUGCACCUGCUACCGCGAAUGGUGCACGACGCCUGCAUCGCAUCUUCGCCGCACGAGUUGAGCGCGGAGAGCCAUGCGGAACCAACUUCACCGUUAUGUUUGCCCAGCAGCGCGGUGCGGCACACUGGAUGCUGCACCCCUCUUACCCCGCGACCGACCUUCGUGCUACCUCCCUCCACCACACGCGCCGCGGCCGCCUCCGGGAAAAGGAGAGGCACCGGCGCCAAAGGUGAUUUACACGACGACGACGAGGACAACGUUCUUGGCGCGCAGAGACGCAGCGGCGGUGACAGCUGUGCCACGCCGCCCCUUUCCUGCUACACCGAGGACUCUCCUACGCCCGUACGAUCGUUUGGGAGAGGGGAAGACGUGGGGCAGGGUGAUGUGCGUGGCCUGCUGAGCACUACGGCGCGUGCCCUCUUUGUAGAACCCGGCCAGAUCCACAGCGCCGUUGGUGCUGCGGAGCGCUCGUCUGGGGUGGAGAGCGGUACGGCGCGGUGCUCGGUGCGCUCGUCGUCGGCCUCUCAUGGGCGUUCGAUGACGCCGUCGCACAUACUGACCACCCCGGUGCGGCACUACGACAACUCUAUUCGCGAUUUCCACAGCAGCAGCAGCAGUCUGCGUGUUGGCGGCGGCGCGUUGCCGGUGUCGUUCCUUUCCGUGUCUCCGACCACACGUCUGUGCACCUCGCCCGCUGGAGCGAUGACACCCGUCUCUCUUACCCCUGCCCGCCAGACCACGCGCUCCGCCCCUUCUGUUGCCGUUGCUGCGACUGCGGCGGUGACAACCAUGUCCGCUGCUGCGGUGGACGGUGGUGUCGCUGGGCUGGAGCAUCGGCUAACGUACCGCGACGCACUCCUCGGCAUCCCGCGCUCCAUCGCUACAGCGCACGGCGUUGCUCUCCGCCGCGGCAGCACAUCGCGCCGUGAUGCCUUCCACUUCCUGCGUGCCAUGACAGCUAAUGAAACGUCGACGGACCUGCUGCACAACCCUUUCUAUUGGGGAUGCUUCGGCUUUCUCGUGGCGCAGCGGGACGAGGUGUGGUGUGUGGGCAAGGCGCAACCGUUUCGUAUUUAUCCGCAAGACGCCGACCAGGCAGCGCGAACACGUGAUCGAAGCACCACCAUUACGGUGGUCACCUCUACGACGCUGUUGUCGGCCGCAACGUGGGAGGCGGCGGCGUUGACAACGGAGGACGAGGCGUCCGUGACCGUGGCUACGGCGUCCCCGAUCACUCACGGCAUGGCGUCUUCUGCGAGCGACCUCGUCUACCUUGUCGUUGGCACCUGUGUGGGCGACGUCAAUGUGUACACCUAUGGAAAGUGCAGUGCGUCUUCCCCUGGCGCGGUGACCGUCUCGCUCAGCUCCUCCCAUGAUGUGUCGCCACCGCCGCACCAAGCGUCCACGUACACCGUCAAGCUGCGGCAAUACGGGACGCUGCGGUGUGCGGAUCGGGUAGGAGGAGACAGGCCACCGCCCAACACAGGCGAGACGCACGGUAGCGGGGGCCGCCUCCGCUCCCUCACCCCUCCCGCAUCCACCGUCGGCGAUGAAGAAGCCCAGCGACACGCCAUCUCCGUCCUGCGUGUGGUGGGGCCAUGGCUGUACAUCGGUGACCAGUCCGGGCACGUCUCCCGCUACGACCUUCGCUGCACAUUUUUCCUGCGCGCGCUGCACGAGGCGGCGGCGUCAACGCUGCCCUCUGUGCAGCUCGAAGGUGCCCGGCGGCAGCCCCCACACGCCGACACGCGGUCGGCGGUGGAAGGGGGAAGCACGCCCGCUCGCAAGCCCGUGCCACUCAACCUGCGCAUGCCGGUACACCAGUUUACCCGUCCGAGUGCCACCCCGCCCACCCAAGCCGCUGCUUCCAAAGCUCUCGUGUCCAGCCCAGCGGAUACUGCAUUGCGGGAAACGUCGCCGUGCUUCCAUUCUGCGGUACACGCAGGUGAGCCGGUCUACAACCUUGAGGUCACGGACAACCACAGCUACCUGGCGGUGGGCACGCAGACCCGCUUGUUGGUGUACCGCGUAGCGGAGAUGCCGCGGGUGGCGGAUGCGAUCUCUCUCCCCGCCGCACGACAAUGGCAAAAGCAGAAAAAUCGCUUCACUGUAGCCGAUGCUCUGACGAGCACCCCUCCGUCGGACAUUUCUGAGGAAUGCCGUGCUAUGCUGGAGACAUCGAUAGAACCGACCGCUCCGCUCGUCGUGGUCAGCAACGCGCUGCAGCCGGUUCGUUGCUUUGCGUGGAUGCUGUGCGACUACGAUGCGUUGAUCGGUGCCCAUUCGAGCCGCACUCGCGGAGACGACUCUCCGGCGGCGUAUUCGAUGAUGGAGGGCGACGCGUACGAGUACGACGUCUUUGGCGAUGCUGCGGCAGGUGCGAGUGUACAGAUGAGCGCCGCUUGCUCCUUUUCGUUGCUCUCCCACACCCCCACCCCCACGCUUGUUUUCGCGUCUGCGUGCUACGAAUCCACCGACGCCGCUGCGGCGGCCCGCGAGGAGACCGGUUCAGCGCCGCAGCGGUGGAAGACUGACAUUCAGCUCUACCGCCUCGUGACGAAAUCGGUGGUCGCCUCUUGCGUGCUCGACUACCCCGUCCGCGUCUUGAAGGUGGUGGCCGGCACGACGCAGAUCAUCGCCGGCACCGGCAGCACAACGGAGUGGCAACACGAACCCUCCCCCUCCUCCUCUUCGCCUUCGUUGCCCACCGCGCUGCCACCAGGUGCGACUGCGCAGAGCAACAACCCCCAGACGCGGUUCAUGACACCGACUCGAAGUCCGCUGCAUCACCUCGUGUAUACGCGCUCUCAGUCAGCGACCCCCAUAACCCCCAACGCCUCGCUCUCGCCGACGUUUACGCGCUCACCGGUGCCGGCCAGUCUGCGAUGCCGCUCUACACCAGCGGCGGCAGCAGCGAUGGCUGCCCUGCGUACGCUGACGAGUGGCGAAUCGCGACCUUCGCCGGGGCUGUGGCGCACUCCGCUACCAUCUGCGUCAUCGUCGUCAUCGCGCCCCCCUACGCGCAGCGGCACCACCGCCAUGUGGCCAAGCAGCGGGGCUGGACGCUUUACCACAACACCCGACACAGGCGGCGCAUCGAGGCAGCCCCGUGCGCGGCGAGCGGAGGAUCACAGCCAACACGGCUUUUUGUUUAAGUUUGAGGUGUGUCCCUGUGCGGCAGAUGACGCCGCCUCGGCCGACAGCGAUGGGUGCGUGUGUCUUCGGUCAAGGGGUGAGAUCGUGGUGGGCGAGGGCGAGAGCGCUGUCAGCGGAUAUUUGAGUCCCACACAAGAUCAGGUGGCCGUGCUCGUGCAGCCGGCAAGGAGCAGUGCCCGUCGUACCGGCGGUCCCUACGCGAUGUCGGUGAAGGUAAAGGUAUGGGGACUGGCACCGUGUUUCGCUGAUGGUUCCUCCGUGUCUUCUGCUCGACGCGUGUCGACGACUCAAGCAGCGACGUUCGGUUCCGUGGCCCCAACGGUGGAGAGCCUUCGCUGA